AUGGCUGACCCAAGCAAGAAGCGUGUAGUAUGUCCUGUCGUGGACUGCGAGGACAAGUUCGUCGCGGACACGAACAAAAAGUCACAUUACACCAAUGUGCACUUCACCAAGAACCCAUCGAUUCCCGUACCGUCCGAGCAUCUCUUUGUGGACCAUGCCCUUCGUUGUGCCACGGAACAAGAAGCGAUGGAAAGCCAAAAUGAGGAAGUGGCGCCACCCGUUGCAACGAAGUCAUUGACGUCCAAACAAAAGGCAGCCAAGCGCAAAGUGGCGGCAGCGGCGAAGCGUAGCAGCAAGAAGUAG